AGGAGCCCUCCGUGUUGAUAUCUGUCAUUGACAAUACGACGGUCGGUCGUAGUCGGUCGUAAACAGCGCCCCUGACAGUAUGACUACAGUUUUCCUUGCAGCUGUUCGUGUCAGCUUUGAGCAAACCGUAUGAGAAUCUUCGUCGAGAAUUGGCGUCGCGUGCGUGAAAAAUGUGCGACGAUAAUAAAAGUUGCACCCAUGACAGCGAAGAAGCAGAUGAGAGUUUAUCAUUGUUGGAUCUACCAGUCGAGAUAUUCCUGCACAUAUGUACCUUCUUAGAGGUGCCGACGUUAAUACACAGUUUAAGCCUAGUGUGCAAGCAAUUCCAUCUGAUUUUGAGGGAUGAGUUUUUCUGGAAAGCGCGUGUCAGUCGUAUAUGGCCGAAUUCUCACUAUCCAAUUUUACGGCCUGUUUCAGUCAAGUUCAAUAAAAUGUUUUGGAAGUUGGUAUGCACCCAGGCCGAGAAGCAAAAAGCACUGUGGAAGCAAGGGGGUUACAUGGAAGAUUUCAUAGUUUCGGAUGACAGCCUGUCGGGUUACAGCAGCACGAAAGAUGCUCUGUUAUUGAUGCACAAUGGAACCACAUGUAUAGCCGGUGCGAGGGAUCGCACUUUGACAUGCUGGAGCAUCCCCGCUUCGGGAAGCAAGCAGACUUGCAUUUGCAUAAAUUGCGCGCACAACGGAUGGAUCUGGGACCUGACGGCGAUAGACGACACAGUUUACAGCUGUAGUUGGGACCACACCGUGAAGUCGUGGACGCUUAGCGGCAGCGGCUUCGUCCAGCAGACGAUUUACCAGAUAAGCAGCACUUCCAGAAUCGUACCAUGCGCGCUGCUCUCUAUGACGUCGUGUCCGGAGCAGGCUCUCUUCGCGACGGGCUCGUACAAUAGGAACGUGUACGUGUUCGACGCGCGAUCGGGCUGCAUACCGAUCAGGCAGUACAAAGCGCAUAACAAAGCUGUACUCAAGAUGGCUAUGAAUUCGGAGCACAUCAUUUCCGUCAGCAACGAUAAGACGAUGACGGUUUGGGAUCAGAGGACUGGACGGAUCAUGAAGUCUAUCACUAUUUCAGACGAGGCGUUCCCGAUGUGCAUAAGCAUGCAACGGGACUCGAUCUGCCUUGGGGAUAAUCUUGGGAAUUUGCACGUGCUAAAUCCAAAGAACGACUUUGAGUUAGUGAAAUCGUUCUCUGUCGGGCAUAAGAAAGCGAUAACGGGGGUGUAUCUGUCGUACGACAACCUGAUAACGAGUUCUACCGACGGUACCAUCAGAAUUCUCAGCCCUACGGAUCCGCCGAGGCCCAUCACCGUGAAGAAGUCGGGAUUCGGUGAGGUUGCCAGUCUGCAAUACCAAAACGACGUUCUCGCGAUAUCUGGCAUCGAUAUUAGAAUAUGGCGACCAAAAUCAAUCUAUUCAGAGAAAUAUGUGAAGGAGGAAAGUGAUCAAGGCGGUGAAAGCAGUGAAAACUCAUGUAUAUAGCUUCAUUGCUUUAAUGCGUAAUAUAGAUAUACUCCUAGUUUCCACUUCAAGAAAAAAUAUAUGACAUGCGCGCAACUAUAAUAUAUUACGAUAUGACAUAGUGUGAUAUUAACAUAGCGUAUGUGAUAUAAUGCGUUUCUAGAAAAACGCCGAGAUUAAUCGGGGAUCCUUUCAAUGACUUGGCAAACGCUGGAUCGGUUAAUUAGCUUUAUAUUGUAUAAAGAAAGUUAAUUAGCUCUAUAUUAUAUAUACGGAGCAACAAAAGAGAAAGUAUAUUUUGUACAUCGCGUCUAAAUUCUCUAGUUUUUAAUAUAUAUUUUGUUUAUUAUAAAUUAUUGUCGUGUCUGUUGUCUCAACUUUGUAAAUUCCGAUUACUUGAUAAUAUCUCUUUGACAAAAUUUGCUUAAAAAAUGCGCAAUCGUAUAUGAUUGGGAAUACGAACACGCAGCGGAAGCGCAUGAUUCAAGCUAGGAAUUUUCUUUGGAUGAAGCAAUUAUUUUGUAUAAUAUUUACAAACCAAAAUACAACUUGUUUUCUUCGAGUAA